GUCGCCGCCAUGUUGCUGAAUGAAACGAUCCGGGCUCCAAAACAUUGACAAGCGGCUACCAAAACCACUGCUUUAUAACUCAUAUUCCGCCGAGUGACAGUCGUUACACCAUGUGGCCAUCUGUAAAUAUGACUUAGGCAUUUUUUUAAUGACCACAGACGACUCUUCCCCAGUAAGUAACGCGGUUUGACGAAUGUAAUCAGCUCUUAGCUGCUGGCCCGCUAGCACGGGCAGGCUAACCAGCACGCUCCAGUAUCAUUGUGUUUAGACUUAGUAACAGUGUCACGCAAUGCACCAUGGAAGUGGAUCACAGAACAUGCAUCGACAGGUCCAAAAAUCCAAGUCUGGGUCAGAAGCAGAGGAGCAGCAACAGCAGUCCAUGGCAGCUACCCAGCAGCAAGUUACAGUUAACCACCCUCAAUCCCCUGUGACUACUUUUACCUCCGCUGCCAGCCCUUCAGCUCCCCAGUCACCCAAUUAUCAGAUAAUCAUGAGUCGGAGCCCAGUUACUGGCCAAAAUGUGAACAUCACAUUGCAAAAUGUGGGACAGAUGGUGAAUCCUAACCAACAAAUCACACUUACACCUCUCCAUAUCCAGAACCCAGCUUCACCUGGCUUCCAGCAUGCAACCCCUCAGUGGAGGCUUGAGCAUGCUUCGUCCUCCUACAUUCAGGUCACCUCCCCGGUACCCCAGCCUAUUCAACCUCAAAGUCCCACUCAGCAUAGCCCAGUCACUCGGCCAGGCGCUCCCGCAACACUGGGAGUGUGUGGACAGAGUCCAACACGAUUUGUUGAAACUGGCAUGUUAGUGCGGCAAAUAAAUUUAAGCAGCCCUUCUGGUGGAGGCCACUUUGUUUAUCAGGAUGGGACAGGGCUGGCUCAGCUUGCACCAGCUACAUCUGGCCAGGUACAACUAUCCUCUCCAGGAACACCGGGCUCUGUGCGGGAACGUCGGCUCUCUCAACCUCAUUCUCAGACCGGAGGCACCAUUCACCACCAUGGACCUCAGAGUCCGGUCGCUACUGGCACUAAUCUCUCCAAUCUGAGCAACCCUGGUCACAUCACCACUUCAAACCUGCCCCCUCAGAUCAGCAGUAUCAUUCAAGGACAGUUGGCACGCCCUAUGAUAUUUGAGAAGACGACGCAGGGUGUGGUUGCAGGAGUAGGAACCACAGCUACAGCAUCUUUCACCAUGCCCUCCUCCAUUCCACCCUCCAGCCCCUCGCUCACUACUUCACCCCAAGGACUCCCCAACAAUCCUCUCGCACCCACCAGUAUGACUGCAGGCACUGUGAAAAAACACACUGCCAAAAAGUUGGAGGAAAUUGCUCCUUCUACUCCAGAGAUUGCCCAGCUAAGAAAACAGUGUUUAGACCACCACACCAAGAAAAUGGAGAGUCUGAAAGAAGUAUUCAAAGAAUAUCUGAUUGAACUCUUCUUUUUACAACACCUUCAAGGGAACAUGAUGGAUUAUCUAGCUUUUAAAAAGAAGCCUUGUGUUCCUUUAUAUACUUACUUGAGACAAAAUGACUUGGACCUUGAGGAUGAUGAAGAGGAAGAGGAACAGUCGGAGGUUAUAAAUGACGAGGUAAAGGUUGUUACUGGAAAGGAUGGCCAAGCAGUGACACCAGUUGCCAUAGCAACACAGCUUCCUCCUAAUGUUUCUGCAGCAUUCUCUGCUCAGCAGCAGUUUCAGGGACACCAAGGUUCUGGUUCUGGCGCAAACCCUGGAGACAUGGAUGCCUUUAAGAGGCAACAGGCUAUGCAGUCAGAUCAGGCUAAGAGGUCCCGGAUUGACGUUGGUCGCCAUGGGCUGAUUUUCCAGCAUCCUGGUGUAGCAACUUUAGGAUCACCUGGCGUUCCACUCCAGCAGCUUAUGCCAACUGCGCAAGGCGGGAUGCCGCCUAAUCCUCAAGUGGUCCAGAUAGCAGGACAGAAGCAGAACCACCAACAGUAUGACCCAUCCAAAGGACCCCCAGUGCAGAAUGCAGCCAGUCUGCACACCCCUCCGCCCCAGCUACCGGGCAGGUUGCCUCAAGGUGCCCUUCCUUUGUCAGGCAUGCCCAUGGUGCCCUCUCAGCAGGCUCAGUUGGUGGAGAAUUCAGCCCAGCCUGGUGGGCAACUCCAGUCACAGGUGAAACUGCAGGCAGGUGGGCCUGUCCUGGCUACAGUCAACCCCCACACACAGCUCCAAGCCCAGCUACAGCAGCAGAUGCAAUCCAGUAUUCAUCUCCAGCUGCAGCAGCAGCAACAACAGCCCCAGGCCAUUCUGCAGCCAGGACAGCCGACGGUGGCACUUGCUCGUCCUGGGACAGAAUCAAACCAACCAGUUCAGAGGAUUAUGACCAAUUCCGUUUCAGUAACAUCUGUAUCUCCUGCUCCUCAGUCCACUCCUAAUGUCACUCCAGCUCCCCAUUCUGCAAGUUCUCUUCGUCCUCUUGGCUCUAACAUCAACUCAACCACUCAGUCCAAACUGACUGGAACUAAUGGCAUAUCUGCAGUCAAAAUAGAUGGCUUUGGUCAAAAUAUGGCCAUGCAGUCCUCACAGGAAGGGUCUCAAGAUAAGCAAGUUGAGCAGGCCAAACUGGAGAGUCAGGUGCACCAACGCAUAUCUGAGCUAAGGAAGGAAGGUCAGUGGUCGGCUAGUCGACUCCCCAAACUGGUGGAGUCAUCGCGUCCAAAGUCCCACUGGGACUACCUCCUGGAGGAGAUGCAGUGGAUGGCAGCUGACUUUGCACAGGAGAGAAGAUGGAAGAAAGCUGCUGCUAAGAAGCUUGUUCGCACAUGUGCCCGUUACCAUCAAGAACAGAAGAAAAGUGAAGAACGAUCACAGAAAGAAAGGGAAGUUAAUUUACGUCACAUUGCCAGCACAAUUGCCAGAGAAGUGGAGUUUUUCUGGUUGAACAUUGAGCAGGUUGUGGAAAUUAAACUCCAGUUUGAAAUUUAUGAGAAGAGGCUGAAAACACUUGGCUUACAAAAGGCCACAGUUUCUAGUCAGUCACCAGGAGAGAAAGUAAAUAAAGCGGAGAUGGCCGGCUCUGCUAGAAAACGAAAAUCAAGUUUGUCCUUAGUUGAUGGAGAUGCCACAGAUGCAGAAAGCACCAUAGAAGAACAGGAGGUCAUGGAGGGGCAGACAGAUCACAAAGCAGAAUUAGAUGACCUUGCCAAAAAUGCUGAGAUGCCUCUGGAUGCCUUGGUGAAACAGUACGCUGGUGCUUACGCUGAUAGCUUUGAUUGGCCUCAACCCAGCCCUCAUGCUGAUGAGGAUGACAUGGAAGAGCCUGAAGAAAUGGAUUGUGUGCCAGGCAGCCCGCCUGAGGCCGUGUUGAUCGACUCCCUGCUCAGUGUGGAACAGUACCGUGGUGCUGAAAAGGCCAUGUCUUCCGACUGUGGAGGAAAGACUGGCAGAGACAUAGCUGAAGUGGCUGCUGCCACAGAGCUCAUCCUGCCCAAGGGAAGCUUCAGAACCACUUCAUCGACUCGCAGCCCAGCACCUUUCCUGUUGCAUGGGUUGCUGCGUGAGUAUCAGCAAAUUGGCGUGGACUGGCUGGUAAACCUUUACAAGAAACACCUCAAUGGCAUCUUAGCAGAUGAGACAGGACUUGGGAAGACUGUACAGACGGUGGCUUACAUGGCACAUUUAGCAGGCCGAGAGGGAGUUUGGGGGCCACAUCUUGUAGUAGUAAGGUCUUGUAAGUUACUAAGUUGGGAGCUGGAGUUCAAGCGCUGGUGUCCCGGCCUGAAGGUUCUGCUAUAUCUAGGCAACAGGAAGGAACGCAAAUCUAAGAGAAUGAGGUGGGACGGAGUCAACAGCUUCCAUGUAUGUGUGACAUCGUAUAAGCUGCUCAUGAAAGACCAGAGCCAUUUUCUGAAGAAAAGAUGGCGGCAUCUGGUCCUGGAUGAGGUGCAGCUCAUCAAAAACAUAACAGAAAAACACUGGGAAACAAUCUUUGCUCUCAAGAGUGAGCAAAGGAUCCUCCUCAUCAACAAUCCUCUACAGAACACACUGAAAGAGCUCUGGACCAUGAUCCACUUCCUGUUGCCAGGAAUAACCAGGCCUUACUCGGACUUUCCUGUUAAGGCAGGCACAGACCAAAACCAGGACUACUGCCACAAACUGGUCAUCCGCCUUCACAGGAUGAUUCAACCCUUCAUCUUGAGACGAUCCAAAAGAGAUGUGGAGAAACAGCUUCCCAAGAAGUAUGAACACAUCCUGAAGUGCCGGCUAUCCAACAGACAGAAGAGUCUCUACGAGGACAUCCUGACUCAGCCAGGGUCCCAGGAGGCACUGAAGACGGGUCAUUUUGUCAGUGUGCUUCAAGUUUUAAUGCAGUUGCAGCGGGUUUGUAACCACCCCGAGCUGGUAGCCCCUAGAGAGACCAGCAGCUCCUAUUUCUGUUCUUCUCUUCAGUGUGAUGUUCCAUCGCUGGUGCUCAAAGCUAUCGAGAAUGAAUCAAACAAGAUUUCAAACCUGUCCAUAUUUGAUCUGAUCAAUAAUGAGAACAGACUGACUCGAUAUCAGACUGAAGAGGCAUUCCCCAAACUGAGGGUCACUCGGCAGCUCAUAGAGGAAAUCUACACUUCUCCAGACCCACCACCAAGAGCCAAGCCAUGUCCAAUUAAACCCAUGAGAUUGUUCCAGCCAGUGCAGUAUGGCACUAAGCCAGAAGGUCGCUUAGCUGCCUUUGCAAACGUAGCAGGUCAACGUCCUCCAACAAGCUCUCCCACGACUAGCACCUCAACUUCCACCACCAGCCAGUCAGGCCAGAACAGGGGGAAAUCAGUCACUGCUGCAGCGACUACACCAGUUUCUCAAGCCGUUGGAACAGCUACUCGGAGAGCCCAGGCUACUCCUCCUGUCAGCAGCAACAGCAACAACAUUACAGCCUCCUCUGGAAACAGUGGCAUUGGGCAGCAUGUGUUGGGGGCCGCUCCGAUGGCCUUGAGUCAGGCAUUGUCUGGCACAGUGGUGGGUGCUAUGGCUCCUAUUAGCCGUCCUGGAUUAACACAGGUCCCCAGGCCAGCGUUAGCCCCCAGCCAUGCCAUCCAGCCCAGCUUAUUGUCCCAGAGGUUGGUUCUUACAUCUCAGGCCCAGGCACGGUUGCCUAGUGGAGAUAUGGUGAAGAUUACCCAGCUGGCCAACAUAGCGGGGAGUCAGAAUCGCAUUUCUCAGCCAGAGACUCCCGUCACUCUGCAGUUUCAGGGGAACAAAUUCACUUUGUCGCCCAGUCAGCUCCGCCAGCUCACCACGGGACAACCCUUACAGCUCCAAGGCAAUAUCCUGCAGAUUGUGUCAGCUCCUGGGCAGCAGAUCAUCAGGCCCCAGGGAUCCAUGGUAAUGCCGGGAAUGCCUCAGACUGCUCCUGCCUCCAGUGCCUCUGCUGCUCCGGGCUCACACCUUUCUGCUCCAUCAACAGCUCAGCAAGGACUGGGUGUGACGACAAAUGCCACAUCAUCUACCACCAAGUUUACUACUGCAGGCCAUGGUAGUUCCCAGGAGCUCACAGAAGAAAAGACUCAGCUGCUGAAGGAGCGUCUGAACCGCUUGUUUGAAGCAAAUGAACAACGCUGUAGCCGCAGAGUGUUGUAUGGGUCAGACCUGCUGCAGGCGUGCACAGUGAGCUUAGGACCGGCUCACUCGGCCCAAACCGCUGGAGGCUGGAGGUGGGUGGGCAGUGAGAACUGCCUCAGGGCCCAGAGAACCUGCCCCACCACCACUCGUACUCUGCAGUCGUUCGUGCGCUCUGUGGACGAGCACCAAGAAGCUACCGACAGUAUUAUCAAGAGACUGACCUGUGUGGUGCCUCCAGCUGUGGCCUCCCCCCCUCACCUGUACGCAGCCAAUCCCCCAGUUCGCUACAGCCUUGAGCAGAAGUCCCAUCGCCGCCGGUUACUGGAAGCCUCUGCCCCUCAGAGUGAAGAAAUCUACCAUUUAGCAUCGAGACAUCUCUUCAGUCGUCACGAUUUACAGCUAAUGCAGAUAGACUCAGGUAAACUGGAAGCUCUGGCCAUUCUGCUGCAGAAACUAAGAUCAGAGAGUCGCCGCGUCCUCAUCUUUACUCAGAUGUUGAAAAUGCUUGACAUCCUGGAAUCCUUCCUGGAUAACAGGCAGCUCACUUACGUGCGCAUCGAUGAAAGCCUAACUUUUGACAAAAAACAGGAGAACAUGAAGAAGUUUAACAAGAACAGGCAGGUGUUCUGCAGCAUCCUGACCAACCGCUGCUGCGCUGCACUUGGAACCAUGGUUGAUGCAGAUACCAUCAUCUUCUACGACACAGACCUCAAUCCCAGCAUGGACGCCCUCACCCAGGACUGGUGUGACAAAAUAGGGCGCUCCAAGGAUAUACACAUUUACAGGUUGGAAAGUGGGAAUUCCAUUGAAGAGAAACUUCUGAAGAAUGGCACAAAGGACCUUAUAAGAGAGGUGGCGGCUCAGGGUACUGACUACACCUUGGCUUUCCUCACACAACGGACAAUCCAGGAUCUAUUUGAGGUGGAGCCGGGUUCAGGGGUGAAGGUGGAGGAGUUUGUGGUUCUUCAUCAGGAACCAUCGGCCUCAGAAACCAUUUCUCCCAAAGUAGCUAGACCCUACAUCCAAGCUCUCCAUAGUAUAAACCUGGAUGCCCCGGCAGAAGUGGAGGAACAGCAGCAGCAGCAGCAGCAGCGGGAGGAGGAAGAGGAGGAUGGGUUAACUGGCAAAGAGUCGACGGAGAAUUCAGAGAGCCAAACUAAAGAGGAUCCAGCCCAAAUAGAGGAGCUGAAUGCAGUCAUGGAACAGCUAACUCCUAUUGAAAGAUAUGCCCUGCAUUACCUGGAGUACCUGCACAUCAGCGAUGAUGAGGCAGCACUGAAGGAGCAGUUGGAGUGUGCUAAGAGAGGCUGGGAGCUGCAGCAGUUGCAGAAGCUGAAGGAGGAGGAGGAGGAGCGCCUGACAACCGAGGGAGAAGAAGAUCUCUUCACCUACACCAGAGAGGAUGCUUACAACAUGGAAUAUGUCUUCGAUGCAGGGACUGGUCAUACAGAAAUAAUGCCGCUUUGGACUCCACCUACGCCACCACAGGAUGACAACAGCAUUUACAUUGAUUCUGUGAUGAUGCUGAUGUAUGACACCACACCGAUGCCCGAGUCCAAACUGCCUCCAAUCUACAUCCGCAAGGAGCACAAGAGGCUCAAGAUGGACCCGUCAGCAGCAGCAAGAAAGAAGAAGAAGGGCCAUGGGGAGACAGUCAUACCUCCACGCUCCCUUUUCGAAAAAGCCAGCAUGCUCAAAGUCCGCCGUGAGGGGAAGGACCAGAAAAAGAACUUCUCUCUCAAGCAGCAGGCCCCUUUCGCCAAGCCGUUGCCCUCGCUGGCUAAACCUGCCAUUGAGCCCGGUCAGGACAACCCAGAGUGGCUGAUCAGUGAGGACUGGGCUCUGCUUCAGGCUGUGAAGCAGCUGCUGGAGUUGCCUCUGAACUUGACAAUCGUGUCUCCUGCACACACGCCCAACUGGGAUCUGGUGAGCGACGUGGUGAACUCCUGCAGCCGCAUUUACCGCUCCCCUAAACAGUGCCGCAGCCGCUACGAAAAUGUCAUCAUUCCCAGAGAGGAGGGCAAGUUGGUGUAUGAGGCAAACCCUAAGAAGAAAACCAAGAGCAUAUACAAGUCAAAGAACAGCCGCCCUCUACGGACCUCUCAGAUCUACACGCAGGAUGACAACGCAUCUCAGAUUCAACUAUACAACAGUCGCUUUGAACUCAUGAAAAUAAUUGCCAGCAAGAGGAGCCCACCCAUCAAACCACUGCUGGGAAUGAAUCCAUUUCAGAAGAACCCCAAGCACGCAUCAGUCUUGGCAGAAAGUGGGAUCAGCUACGACAAGCCCCUACCUCCCAUUCAGGUGGCGUCUCAACGUGCUGAAAGGAUUGCCAAAGAAAAAAAGGCCCUUGCAGAGCAGCAGAAGGCCCAGCAGUUGGCCCAGCAGGCGGGAGCUUCCCAAGCCGGGGCUGCUCCCGGUCAGAACCAAGCUCCUGCUGCCGGCCAAGCUCCGGUCCCUCAGGCCGCGGCCGUGCCGGGAGCGACUGCUGUGCCUAACGCAGCAGUGCUGGCCGGAGCUAUCAAAAAUGCCACUGUAGGCACAACAAUUCAGGCUGCCACUGUAGGGGGGAAUGUAAUUGUGAACACAGUAGCUGGAGUUCCUCCAAGUCCCUUCCAGGCUAACAAACGCCUGGCAUCUCCAGUCAUAUCAGCAACUCUCUCUCCUGCAGGCACAGCUGGAGCCCAGGUGGUCCACGCACAACAGAGGGCUGUCACCGCUACUCCAGGAUCAGCUGAAGUGGUCGCCAUAGCUACGGGUCAGGGUGUGAGGGCUGUGACCCCAGCGACUGCAUCUGCUGUGGUUUCUACUGCUCUGAGCCCCGUGCAGUCACAGACCCGACCCCUCGUCCCUCAGGUCACGCCAGCCACAGGGGGGCCACAGAAGUCUCUGACGCCGGCUCACCUGCAGAUGUUACGACAGCAGCAGCUGCAGCAGCAACAGCAACAAGCUACUUCUCCUCAGAUUAAAGCUAUCGGCAAACCCCAGAUGCAGAUGCAGAAACAGAAGUUGCAGCUCCAGCAGCAGCAGCAGCAGGUAGCUGCAGCAGUGGCAGCUGCAGCAGGUCAGCAGGCUGCAGGGGCCCAGGGUGCUCAGGUGCAGCCGGCACAGGCAGCCAGUCCUCAGCUGGCAGCAGUGGCAGCAGCCAGACCCGGGACUGUGCUGACUGGCACCCCGGUGAACACCCUGCAGGUGGCCCGACUGACGCGCGUGCCCACCCAGGGCCAGAUUCAGGCCCAGGCAGCACAAACGGCUCAGGUGACGCUCACGAAGCCUCCGGUGGUGUCUGUGCCGGCUGUGGUCUCUUCGGCUGGAGUCACAACGCUGCCGGUGACGGUAGCCGGCAUCAGUGUGGCCAUUGGUCAGGCCCAGAAAGCAGGUGGCCCUGUGCUGUCAUCGCCCUUCCAAGUCCAGCAGAUCCUUCAGAUGAAGAAGCAGCAGCAGGCGGCAGCUGCAGCGCAGCAGAAAGCAGGGCAGACGCAGCAAGGACCGACCAGCGUGCAGCAGAAAAUCGGCACCCAGCAGGUGACGGUGCAAGCAGCCCAGCCGUCCCAGCAGCAGCAGAAAGUUACCUACGCCACCACCCAACUCCAGCCAGGAAUCAAGACCCAGUUCUUCACUACAUCCAUCGCCCAGGCCCAGAAGCCCACUGGAGCGCAGCCCAUUCAGGUGGCUAAACUCCCACAAAUCGUGCAGCAGCAGUCGGCCGUGGCUAAUAUUCAGCAGAUUGUGUCGUCUCCUCAGCAGAUCCAGACUCAGACGGUGACGCUGACCCAGCCGGCCACGACUGCUGCUCAGGUGCAGAUGAUUUCCGGGGGGACGGCGACGGCGCAGGUGGUCCAACAGAAGAUCCUCCAGCAGCAGGUGGUGACGGCGGCCGCCUCCCCGCAGAUCCACACGCCGCCUCCACACAGCCCCGCCCAGCAGCCGGCGGCGGCGGCGUCAGAGUCCCCGGCGGCGCCGCCCGCUCAGGCCCAGCAGGCCAGCAAGAGCCAGGCCCGCCAGGGCGGCAUCAGGGCCAAAACCCCCGCCAAGCCCAGCGGGGGGAGCGCUUAGCGCCGCACACUAAUCCGUUUACCGAGGGGUUUCCUGCUGUGCAGAUGUACAGUGACGGGGUUGUUACACACACGGCAGCGUCGGCUGAUAACUAGCCGACUCCUUAACCAAACCACCCGUUUCUAAUCAACAUUAUCUAAGAUCUGAAAGCCAAGCGGAGCUGAACGAUUUCAACCGUCAGUGUUUCUUUGUGGGAUCCAGAGCUGCGUCUCACUGUCGACGUUCUUUCCGCAGUUUAAGACGUGGUGUGUUUUUUGGGAUGACUUCAACAUAUAGUGAUUUAACUUUUCCCCAGUCUGUCAUACCACAGUCACGCCUUUUAUACGAUUAUCUAACUUCUGCCAGAGGCUGAUGUUUAAGACUCAUUUGGUAUCGUUGAGUGAGCGCUCCAUUACAGUAAGUGUAUUCGUAAACAGCUACUUUUAUGUCUGGUUCUCUUGUUGUCUAGAUAACUGAAUGGAAAGUAAUGCACGUUCCUUUAGUCAUGGUUUUUUUCCCCCCUUCAGUAAAUACACUGUAAACAUGUACUUUAGUAUUUUGUGUUUUCUCAUAAUUUUUUUAUUGACGUCAAAAGGAAAAAAAAAAAUGUAAAUAUCUACAAAAACAUUUGUACUUGUAAAGUAGUUGUGUUUUCAUUGGAUUUUUCAGCCUAAUUGUAAUAAAGUGUUUUGUUUUUAUACACAA